GAUGGGGCAGCGGCUGCGGGCGGAUCCCCGCUCUGCCCGGCCCUGGGAGGCCUCCAACGCCGUGGGUCCCGGGGGGGGCGAGGAUUUGUGUCCGCAGCCUGCACCGCCUCCGGCCUUGCUGCCGGCCGGCCCCGCCCGGGCUCGGGGACGCGGGCAGGAGGCUUCCGGCAUCCAUCCAGGAGACUCGGCCAAGCCUCGGGCUUCACUUGUUGCUGACCCGCGCUGCUGCAGGGCCGAGGCUUGUCUGCUGCACCGGGGUCUGAGGCCAGUGCAGCCUGCCCCCCAGGUCCCUCCUGUCGGGCAGGGGCAGAGAGCGGUUGACUACAUCCAGUUGAAAGUGCCAGUUAUUCAGCAGCUGUACCACUGGGACUGUGGGUUAGCCUGCUCCAGGAUGGUUCUGCAGUACAUGAAUCAUUUGGAUGACGAUGAGUUUCAGAAGGCCAUCCAGGAACUUCGAUUAACAAAGAGCAUCUGGACCAUUGAUCUGGCCUACCUAAUGCGGCACUUUGGUGUGAAGCAUCGGUUCUGCACACAGACGCUUGGAGUGGACAAGGGCUAUAAAAACCAGUCAUUCUACAGGAAGCACUUUGACACGGAAGAGAACCGGGUGAACCAGCUGUUUGCACAAGCCAAAGCCUGCAAGGUGCUUGUGGAGAAAUGCACGGUGACUGUCCAGGAUAUACAGAAGCACCUGUCCCAAGGUCACGUAGCCAUUGUUUUGGUGAAUGCAGUCCUGUUACUGUGUGAACUUUGUUCGAGCCCUGUCAAAUAUUGCUGCUUCCUCCCCAUUGGCCAGAAGUGCUUCUGCAGGAAUCCUGACUACCAGGGCCAUUUUAUUGUUUUGUGUGGCUACAACAAAGCCUCAGGGAGUAUCUACUACAACAACCCUGCCUAUGCUGACCGAACAUGCAGCACCAGUAUCAGUAACUUUGAGGAAGCCAGGACAAGUUAUGGGACAGAUGAGGAUAUUCUCUUCAUCUACAUGGACAGCUGACAUCCAAGUCUGG